AUGUCGGACGACGCUGGAUUCUUCAAGAGGACGUCUGAGGCCGUCGCCAACGCUGGCGCCUCUGUUGCCGGCGCCGUUUCCGGCUCUCUGUCGCUAGGCGCCUCGGCCAGCCACAAGAAAACAACCACGACCAAAACAAAGACGACCCUCCCGGCACAACAACAGCAGGAGUACGUUGCCAAUGGGGCAGCAGGACAACCUCCCCAAGGACGCAUCACCAGUGGAGGCUUGGGCGAGCAGAAGAGGAUCACCUCGAACGAGGCUGAUGCCUUGUACACAGAGCGCAUGGAGGACGAGUACGCGAAGAGGGAGGGUGGUGCUUGA